AUGAACGAUGAUCCCACACCAGCGAGCUCCGCGGCCCGCUUGCCUACCCACGACGACAACGACAGUGAUACCAACUCCCAGGACGAGGGCGACGCCCGAGAGUCAUCUACGCAGCAGUCCUCGCGACAUCGGCGGUCUCGCAAUGGACGGCGACGCUCGUCUUCUCGGGUACGCCGGGCCAAGGCCGGCAUUGCGAAGAAGCUGGAAUUCAUGACACACCUCAUGAGCAGCUUGGAUGUCCUGGUCUUCGCUGAGCUCUGUUCCUUUGCCCGCCUGGUCCUGCGCUCCCUCGUGCAGUACAUGUACCUGACACCGAAACCCGAAGACUUCCUCAAACUCAUGCCUGCCCCACGGCCGCAGAUAUACACUGUCUUCGCCUCUAACGUAAUAUGCAUGCUUCUCCACCUCCUGCUCGCUCUUCCCGAAGCAAGCGAGACAAUGCGAGGCUAUCUACACGGGGGCGUCAUCAUCGAUUUCGUGGGACAGAAGGCGCCCACGUCCAGGGUCGGCCUCUUGCUGCUGGACUGCCUAGUCCUGGUAUUGCAGUGCGUCAUGUGUGCAGUGUGGCUGGAAAAGGACCGUCUCAAGAAAAUAGAAGUUACUUUACGAAGCGUCGCUGCCGGGGGCUUCCCCAAGAGGAAUGUCAACACUCCGGCUCCGCAGGAGGCACCUGUUACGACGGGGGAUGCCACAUCGACACAGGAUUUGGAUGCCGAAGAGCGAGGCGUGUUGAGAGACGAUCCACUUGGCGAGGACGACUCUAGGGGCAUCGAAUUGCAGCCAUUGAUGACGGAGCGACCGCCCCCAGCUGUGGCGGGGAACAGUGGUACUGGGCCACUGGAAGCUCGAUAUCAGCGGAUCUUGCGAUCGUUGGGCGGCUCGGAUUCUCGAGAAGAAGGCGCAGACAGGCCGAGCUUGUUGGACGUGCUGAUGUCCGGGAACGGUCUGUUGGCCAAUUUUCAUGUCGUGCACUCGAUGCGCACAUUGGCCGCCGAGAGUACCAAUGCCUCUAAUGUGGCUGCUUAUCCAUUGCGCCUGACCGGAUAUACGACAACCUGGGCUGCACUCGCCGCUGAAAGCCAGGCAAGGUUAGAGCGUCGAGCACGACAGCGAUGA